GACAAAAACAGCUCGGAGUAAUUUGAGACAAUUGCCCCACUCCCACCAUUAAAAAAAAAAAAAAAUCUGGAAAUUUUUCUGGCUUUGCGGUUGCCGUUUCGCCUGUGGAGAGAGAAUUGUUCCUACCUUCGCAAACCAACUGAUAUCAGGAAACAAGUGAUAAUUGUGUAGAGAACACAGUAAAAAGGGAAUUGGAGGAUGGCAAUGGCGUCGUGUAACAUAGCCGUUGGUUCAUACCAGAAGCAGACGACGUCGUUUGAGGUUUUUUGCAGCAGGAAGAGAGACAGAGACAGAGAACGAGGUAGCAUCCACCCAUAUAAAGUGGUUGAGAUAACUCCUCCACCCAGGAAUCUUGGCGUUCGUUGCUUUCCACCCAACUUGCAAUGUGGGGAAAGUGUAACGAUAGAAGGACAAGCUUAUACUAUUUCAGCUGUAACACAUCGCUAUCAGCUUCGGAAGGGAAAAUAUGAACCAAGCGAGAAGAGACUAGAUGUUUUGUCCACAGGAAGAUACUUGUUUUGUGUAAGAAUUCGUAAGCUAGAGCAAGAAGGGACCAUUACAUCAUCUUCAAACCUUUGAGAAGCAGUUGGAGACAUCAAGAACAUCUUAGUGCAGCAAGCAUAACAAACGAAAAGCAAAAUGAAAAUGAAGCAAAUCAAGAAGAUUGUUGAAGACAAGUUCUUGAUUCCAUUUUCGUGUAUUAAUUUUGGUUUUGUAAUCAUUUUAAGUAGUUGUAGGCAAUUCGAUUGAGUUGUAAAAGGCAUUUAUGUUAUUCUUUUAUUAGUAG